AUGGCUUCACAGCAGCCCUCGAGCAUGUCCAAGAGACCUCGGUUGUCUCUUCAGAUCAAGACGGCGUGCAACCCGCCAUCGAAAAGCCUAAGGGGCAUUCCCUUGAACCCAAGUGAUCCGACUACGUUCAAUACAAUGUCAAACAUUUACGUUACGGCUAUUGAGAGGUCCUCGGCCAUGCAAUCUGAACCCAUCACCGCCAUAAAUACCCUUCAGAAUUUCAGUCUUCAAUCACCAAUCGAGAAGAGUGACUCAAAACCAAGGGUCGUGACGCCAUACGUACCAACAUAUCCUGAGACGCCAUUAACAGCACAACCAGUCUCACCGCAGCAAGUGAAUUAUGUGUUCCCAAGCACAAUGACUGCCACGCCACCCCUGUCGGCGGGAGCAGUUGACAAUACAUCAAAAGUUUUUACAUUUUCGUCAGCGGACAUUUCAUCACCAAGGACAAGCCGGACGGUUGAGUCACCAAUAGAUGAUCGGACACCACUACGUCGCCGGGCACUUUAUUCAUUCUCAAGAUACGAUAGUCAGCUUCCAUACACACAUCCUCGAAGCCUGCACAGCAUCCUCAGGAACUCUCCCCUUCCUCCCAGAACAGCAAUUCCACCACCAUCCCCAAGGCGGCAGUCCCUGCGUCUGCAAGAAAAAGCCGCCAAGAAGGUAGAAUACGACAGCCCGUUGGAAGAAGAAAUCACCACAUCCAAAUACAUCAGGUCUCACAUUGACCUUUUAUCCGAAGAUGCCUCCCCCUUAUCUCCCGCAUACAUCCACUCCGCCGUGGCCAGAGAGCCUGACACAGUCCUCGACAUGGCUUUAGCAUUCACCGCCAAUGAGAUUCAGGACGGUGGACAAACUCCCGGCCCCUUUGAAGAAAUGAGACGCAGGAUGGCAGGACUAGGAGCCGGGUCUCCCAUGUCUCCUGAUGCGUCAACAAUCAACCGGAAGCGAAAGCGUACCGAAAAGAAGCGGCACUGGGUAUGGACUAUUGGGCAGGAGGAAGACGAGGAAGACGUCGGCGGUGCCAUUGCUGCUUUGCGAUCUGGAGCAGCAAACAAGAAGGCUAGAGCGUCUGAAGAGGGUGGCCAAGACGUUACAUAUGAAGAAUUAUUGACGCCCAGUAUUGAAAGCGUCAGCUCUGCAGCCGAUUCUUCAGAGGUGGAAAUGUUGGACACGGCCAGUGUCGCAUCUACAGACGAGCAACCACGGCGUUGUCUCUCCGUGCCAUCUGAUACGGAAGCGGAGGCAAAGACUCCAACAGCGCCAAGAGGCGGUAUUGAAUCCGCGCAGCAGAAGAGGGAUACACCUAUUCCGGAGUUGGCUGAGAAUGGCGACGCGUCUAUGCAUGCUGUACAUGAAAAUUAG